AUGGUAAAGGCACCAACAGCCAAUAUCCGCCCAGUCCUAUUAGCUAUUGUCAAACUCGUAGUGGAAAUGAACAAUUCGGCUCAAACAACCUUCGCGAUUCUUGACCAAGGCAGCGAAGCUACUCUCAUAUCGCGAAAGCUAGCGAAUUUGCUUAAAUUGAAAGGUCCUUCAGCCAGCAUUUGCUUCGGCUCGUUUAACAACUCUGUGUUAAUGGAUUCGAACAUCGUAGCAUUCAAACUCAAAUCGAUCGACGGAUCGCAAGCGUUCGACGUUCGCGAAGCGUUUGUUGUCCCCAGCAUUAAUCUUUCGCAACGCAAAAUUAACUGGCGUGGCAUCAAGAAACGAUGGGAACAUUUGGCCGACAUCGACUUACCUGCCAUAGACUCUUCCAAAGUAGAAAUUCUUGUGGGGAUGGACAUGUUACCAGCUCUUCGAACGCUAAACACUGCUGCCCCAAAUGAUGGUGAAACCGGCCCUACCGCUUUGCAAACGUGUUUUGGCUGGGCUGUAGUGGGCAAAAUACCGUUGUGUCUAGUCGCCGGACCGAGCAACAAAAGCAGCGUGAACUUAGGUUUCGUCCGACAAGAACCCUUUCUAUCAGAAGUAGUUGACCGUUUCCAUUUAACUGAAACCUUCGGCGUCGUGGCAAAAACCGCGAAAACAAAUCCAGCGGCCAACGAAGACGAGCAAAUGUUGAGCAUCUUACAGCGAUCGAUAAAAUUUAUUGGAUGUGGCUACCAAGUGGAACUUCCGCUUCGUCAAGACAGACCGGUCAUACCAAACAACAGAGGACAAGCAGUUUCCCGUUUCUGUGGCCUCGAACGCCGAAUGUUAGAGCCACAUAUGCGCGAGACCGCCGCAAAAUACGUAACCAUUGUCGAGAAUCUUAUAUCGUCAGGAACCGUGGUCGCCGUCAACUGGUCGGACAUAAACAAGCCGGAAGGUAUGGUUUGGUAUCUACCUCACUUCUACGUCGUUAACCCGAACAAACCCGAAAAAAUUCGAGUUGUCUUCGACUGCGCUGCGCUCUACAGAGGUGUGUCGCUUAACCAUUAUCUUUUGCGUGGCCCGCCGUUCAUCCCGUCACUAGUCGGCAUCCUCCUCCGCGCUCGUCAGUUUCUCGUCGCACUCACCGCUGACAUCACUGCGUUUUACCACAGAGUUGGUGUGGCCGAAAAACAUCAGUCCUUACAACGAUUUGUCUAUCGCGAAUUUGGCAGUAACGCACCAAUCACAACCUACCAAUUCGCAACCCUGGUAUUUGGAGCUGUUUGUUCCUCCUCUGCCGCAAUAUUCACUUUACAGCAUGCAGUCAAUGCAAACGUACAAUUUCCGCAGGUCGCCGAUAAAUUGAAAGACAAUUUUUAUUCCGACAAUUUGAGCGACUCAUUCGAAACUAACGACGAAGCAAUAAAUUUCGCAAAGCAAGUAACGCAGUCUCUCGCGUCCGCCGGUUUUAGUCUGACAAGCUUCGCGUCGUCAUCCCGGCAAGUCUUGGCAACCAUCCCAGAAAAUCAGCGAACUUCAAACACCGUUGACUUGAAUAAAGACGCGCUACCUGUGGAAUAUCUUCUUGGUAUGGUAUGGGAUCUUAACUCGGACUCUUACGGCAUCAGAAUAAAAUCAAUGCCAACGGUUACUACAAAACGAGAAUUAUUGUCCGCAAUUUCUCUCACAUUCGACCCUCUCGGCAUUUGUCUUCCAGCCAUUACCGGCGCUAAACUGUUAUUUCAACAGACACAAAAACUGGCGAAAGAUACACCGGAUGUUCGUGGGUGGGACCAGCCUUUGUCAAUCGAAAUUUUGUCAAAGUGGAAGCAAUGGACCUCCAGCCUCGAAAAAUUGCGCCUUGUUUCUGUAAAACGAUGCUUCCGACCCGCCAACUUUCCCCUCGUAGGCUCCGAUUUUGUGUUGGUCAUUUUUGCCGAUGCUUCGCCCGUCGCCUUCGGAGCGGUCGCCUACCUGCGCGUACGAUUCGGUGAUAAAAUUCAUGUCAGCUUCGUCAUGGCCAAAGGUCGCCUGGCCCCCCUCAAGCCGACAACCAUCCCCCGACUGGAGUUGAAAGCGGCAGUAUUGGCCGUCAACCUGUCGUUGAUCGUGAAACAGGAGCUUCGUCUUUCGUUUUCCUCAGUUGAGUUCCAUACGGACUCACAAAUUGUUUUGUAUCAGCUUCGCGCCUCUCACCCCGGUCGUCCAUCAUUUGUAAACAAACGGACAAAUGAGAUUCUACAGCACUCGACGGUUGAUCAAUGGCACUAUAUUCGCAGCAGCGACAAUCCCGCCGACGAUUGUACCCGAGGAAUCGUUCCGAAAGACUUUGGGCCAAAUUGCCGCUGGAUUCGAGGGCCAGAUGUUCUUUUCAACGUGUCAUACACUCCACCGCCAUUCGAUCAGCAAAGCAUUAAGGCUAAAGAAAAUGAAGAAAUACAGGCGGUCAAUGUGCAACAGCUGCACGUUGCUAUAAGUUCUUGCCACCCGUUGUCAUCCGCUUUGUCUAAACUCAUCACCCGAAGCAUUCAACUUAACACUCUGAAACGAGAAGCUGCUCUGCGGCUGCGCGGCGACUCCACGUCGAAUGAUGAUCUGAAUUCCGACGAGAUCACCGAAGCCUUCCGCAUCUGUCUGCUAGUGUCGCAGCAAGACGCAUUCUCACGGGAACGUGCAGCUUUUCAGAAAGGAAAAAUGAUCCCUCGUGACUCCGUCUUGAGGCGGGUCGGGCCAUACCUUGACCCAGACGACGGCCUGUUGGAAGUCGAUGGAAGAUUGGGCCACGCAGUGAUGCCGGCACGUACCCGUAACCCAAUAAUUAUUGCACCGGAUCAUCCGCUUACAAGGCUUAUCAUCAGCGACCGUCAUUUACAAUUGCUCCAUUCUGGUGUGGAACACACGUUGAGUGUUGUUCGUGAGCAGUUUUACCUCCCACAAGGACGCAGGGCCAUCCGGCGUACACUUGCACAGCGUACCAAAUGUAAGAUGCUGCGUGCUAUGCCUCAGGCACCACGAAUGGCUAGCUUGCCAAAGGAACGUCUCGUGCCCUCCUUGCGCGUCUUCACGAAUGUGGGACUGGACUGCUUCGGGCCCUUUCAAGUUGUGAUUGGAAGACGAUCAGUGAAGCGGUGGGGACUACUGAUAACGUGCCUUUCCACCCGAGCCGUGCAUUUAGAAGUGUUGGACACGAUGGACGCCGAUUCUUUCAUCAUGGCGUUGCGGCGUUUCAUCUCCCUGUGA